CUCGUUUGGACUGCAGGGAUAAGGACCUAAACGGUGAUAUCCCGGGGAAAGGAACCGCCGAGCAGGUGUUGGCGGCGCAUCCGCGCACCGUUUCUCCUCGCAUCCCGCACAUCUGCGCCAAAGGUGUCCAUCGUCUUUGGCUACCAUGAAGUCAGUGAUCUUCUACUUCAACAGCUCUGUAAAGAUGUAAGGACCAGAAGGGCCGACAACGGGAGCCUUUGGGGAGAAAGAAUCAGCGCCUCAUUUCUGAAGCUCUCGUAUGUUUGCAGAUGGUCCCACUCUCACUGUGUGGACAUGAGGGUUGAGUCAACAGGAAUAGAUCUCUGCUGAUUGAGGACCAGCCGAAUUGAUAAGAGGUUCCUAGCCGUCCUUUUCCAGCAACGUUUUCCACGUGUCCUAGUGGCCUCUUCAACAAGCGCUCAACAUGCGUCCUUCCCUCGCCACGGCGGUCCUGCCACCCAGGACCCGCUCCCACAAUCCGCCCAACCUGGCAGUUGGGGGCCGGGAACACCUGUCAGCUCCACGCAGGCGCAGCCCCCACCUCCGGCACACCCUCAGCCCAGAUAACCUGCGGACCCUGGCGGAGCGAGGCGGAGCCUCCGUCGAUGCCGUCUCCGUUAUCAGCAGCCCUGUCGGGCUCCCGCGGGCCAACAGCGACACAGACCUGGUGACCUCCCAGAGCCGGUCCUCGCUAACGGCGUCCACUCUGGAGUACACGCUGGGCCGCGGCCACAACCUCGUCAUAUCCUGGGACAUCAAGGAGGAAGUGGACGCCACCGACUGGAUCGGGCUCUACCACAUUGAUGAAAGCAACCCGUCCAACGUGUGGGACUGUAAGAACAGAGGGGUGAACGGCACCCAGAAGGGUCAGAUUGUGUGGAGGCUGGAGCCCGGGCCCUACUUUAUGGAGCCGGAGACAAAGAUCUGCUUCAAGUACUACCACGGAGUGAGCGGAGCCCUGAGAGCCACGACGCCCUGCAUCACAGUGAAGAACCCUGCCGUCCUGGCGGAGGGCCUGGCGGAGCAGGUGGGCAUCGAACACCCACGGACGCUGAUCAGCUUCACUUUGACGGAUCUGCGUGCCACCGGCCUGAAGAAGGGAAUGUUUUUCAAUCCGGACCCGUACCUGAAGAUGUCCAUCCACCCAGGGAAGAGGAGCGUCUUCCCCAUCUUCAGCCACCACGGACAGGAGCGGCGAUCGGCCAUCAUCGCCAACACCACCAACCCCGUCUGGCAUGGCGAGAAAUACACCUUUGUGGCGCUAAUGACGGACAUCCUGUACAUCGAGGUGAAGGACAAGUUCGCGAAAAGUCGUCCGAUCAUCAAGCGCUUCCUCGGUCAGCUCACGAUCCCUGUGCAGCGGCUCAUCGAGAGGAUACCCGGAGUCCAACCUGUGAGCUUUCCCCUGUGUCGACGUCUGCCUACGGAACAUGUAAGCGGCCAUUUGCAGUUCAGAGUGGAACUCACCUCCACUGGGCCUGAUGGUGCCUCUCCUGAGUCCAUCAUUGGCCUCUCUCCCCUGAAUGGAGCACCGGGGACGCCGUCCGAUGAUGAGGACCUGCCCCACCACCUUCCAGGACUGGUCUCUUCAGGCCCUUCUCCCACCGGCUCCCAGGGCUCCCACAGCAUGUGGGAAGGCGGGGCCACAGCCUACCCUGCGAAGGACCUGCCUCUGGUUGGAGCGCAGGCUAGAUUUAUGGAACACGAUAGCCUGUCUUGCCAUGAAAUGCUGCAGAGGUCACUGAUUGAGGGCCUGGACGCUAUCGAGGCCCCUAAAGGCCCAGGAGAGAGGCCCCUGGGUGCGGCCUCGCCCAAACUGCGCUCCAGCUUCCCCACUCACACAAGGCUCAGCGCCAUGUUGCACAUUGAUUCCGACGAGGACGACGAGAGGUCUGGAGCCAAUGACAUCAUUCCUGUGCCGAUGUCACCGCUGCUGAUGAAUGGAGAACCUCCAGACGCCCGUGGCCCCGAUGAGGAGGAUCCGUUUCCCGAGUUGCAGCAGGGCCCGGAGCCCGCAGCGCUGGGGGAGGAGCCCCAGAGCGCGGCUGGUGCGGCAGAAGACGAGCCCUCUGAGGCGGAGGUGGCCCUGGAAGUCGGGGCAGGUCUGGACCUGGAUGAUGUUUUGGAGGCGGACGUCUUCUCCGAAGUGGACGAGGCUCCUUUCACAGAGGCCGUGUCCCACAGUGCCGUGCCAGAGAGGGAAGUGUUCGAGGAAGGAAGGGAGUACAGCGAGGACCCCUCCUCCGAUAUUGACACUUGCUCCAUGGCAACAGCCCCGCAGACGGUCUUCUCGUCAUCAGAGAGCUGCCCAAUCCCUGUGACGACUGCUGUGGAAGUGGUGGAGGGAGCGGAGGCGGCCAUAGAUCCGGGGGGGGGCGUCGUUUCUGGAACCCCACCGACCAAUAACGCCGUAGACGACGAAGGCGGUGGGCAGGCCGCCAUCGCUGAAGCUCCGCCGCCCAGCGAGCCGGCGGCGGUCGGAGCGGAGGUCAGCGCGAGGAGGCUAAGCCUGCAGGCCGCGGGGGGCGUGCCAGAAAGACGGGCAGGGGAAGAGGCGAAGCCGGUCGAGGGGGCGGGCGCGGCUGAUUCGGAGCAAGUCACCACAGACACGGAUGGAGAAGAAGGCGCUCACGUUAACGGGCAUCCUGUUCGCUCGCUGCCUUCUGUGCGUCACGACAUCCACCGAUACCAACGCGUGGACGAGCCUCUUCCUCCCAACUGGGAGGCUCGGAUCGACAGCCAUGGGAGGAUAUUCUUCGUGGACCAUGUGAACAGAACCACCACGUGGCAGCGUCCCACCGGUCCUCCUGCCCCGCAGGGCCUGACGCGCUCCAACUCCAUUCAGCAGAUGGAGCAACUCAACCGCAGGUACCAGAGCAUCAGGAGGACCAUAACCAACAGCAAUCGGUCGGAGGAGAACCCCGUCGACGUGCUUCCAGAACCCGAGAGUGAUCUGAUGCCUCACUCCAUCUCAGAAUACCGGCGGGAAAGUGCCGUCGCUCACUCCAGCGGUCGCUCGCGUCUCUCCCUGCUGCUGCAGUCCCCCAGCGCCAAGUUCCUGUGCAGCCCCGACUUCUUCACCGUGCUGCAUUCUAACCCCAGUGCCUACCGCAUGUUUACGAGCAACACCUGCCUGAAGCACAUGAUCAGCAAAGUGCGUCGGGACGCCCAUUACUUUGAGCGCUACCAGCACAACCGCGACCUCGUCACCUUCCUCAACAUGUUCUCCAGCAAGCAGCUGGAGCUUCCCCGCGGCUGGGAGAUGAAGCACGACCACACCGGGAAGCCCUUCUUUGUGGAUCACAACUGUCGCUCCACGACCUUCAUCGACCCGCGGCUUCCCCUCCAGAGCUCUCGCUCCACCGGGCUGCUGGCUCACCGCCAGCACCUGAGCCGCCAGCGCAGUCACAGCGCCGGGGAGGUGGUGGACGACUCUCGCCAAGCCAACCCGCCCGUCAUGCCGCGCCCGUCCAGCACCUUCAGCGGCUCCAGUCGAAGUCAGUACCACGAUGUGGUGCCUGUGGCCUACAAUGACAAGAUAGUGGCGUUUCUACGGCAACCCAACAUAGUCGAGAUCCUGCAGGAAAGGCAACCCGAGCUCGCCAGGAAUCACUCGCUCAAGGAGAAGGUGCAGUUUAUUCGCACGAGAGAAGUCACGGGGUUGUAUGGUUCCUACAUAUAUGAUCCUCUCUGACUGUGUUUCAGCUUAUUUGAGGAGGAGGUGAUGUCAUAUGUGCCGCCAUUGCUCCACCCAAAUUACUGCCUCUCGUCUCCUCAGAGCUCCCCUGGCACCCAGCGAGCCAACGCCCGCGCUCCCGCUCCCUACAAGCGGGAUUUUGAGGCUAAACUGAGGAACUUCUAUCGAAAGCUGGAGACCAAAGGUUAUGGACAGGGGCCAGGAAAAGUCAAGCUCAUCAUACGCAGGGACCACCUCCUGGAGGACGCCUUCAACCAAAUUAUGUGUUACUCCCGUAAAGACCUGCAGCGGAGCAAACUUUACGUCAGCUUUGUGGGCGAGGACGGGCUGGACUACAGCGGCCCCUCCAGAGAGUUUUUCUUCCUGGUGUCCAGAGAACUGUUCAACCCGUACUACGGCCUCUUUGAAUACUCCGCCAACGACACGUACACUGUCCAGAUCAGCCCCAUGUCUGCCUUUGUGGACAACCACCACGAAUGGUUCCGCUUCAGUGGGCGCAUCCUGGGCCUGGCGCUGGUCCAUCAGUACCUGCUGGACGCCUUCUUCACCCGACCCUUCUACAAGGGGCUUCUUCGCAUCCCGUGUGACCUGAGUGACCUGGAGUUCCUGGACGAGGAGUUCCACCAGAGUCUGCAGUGGAUGAAGGACAACGACAUCGAAGACAUGCUGGACCUCACCUUCACCGUGAACGAGGAGGUCUUCGGACAGAUCACAGAGAGAGAGCUGAAGCCGGGCGGGGCCGGCAUCCCCGUGUCCGAGAAGAACAAGAAGGAGUACAUCGAGCGCAUGGUCAAGUGGCGCAUAGAGCGAGGAGUGGCCCAGCAGACGGAGAGCCUGGUCCGAGGCUUCUAUGAGGUGGUGGAUGUGCGACUGGUGUCCGUGUUUGACGCCAGGGAGCUGGAGCUGGUGAUCGCAGGCACGGCGGAGAUCGACCUGGCGGACUGGAGGAACAACACCGAGUACAGAGGAGGUUACCACGACAACCACAUCGUGAUUCGCUGGUUCUGGGCAGCUGUGGAGAGGUUCAACAAUGAGCAGAGGCUGAGACUGCUGCAGUUUGUGACAGGCACCUCCAGCAUUCCCUACGAGGGAUUCGCCUCCCUCCGGGGCAGUAAUGGACCCCGCAGAUUCUGUGUGGAGAAGUGGGGGAAAAUCACCUCCUUACCCAGGGCUCACACCUGCUUCAAUCGUCUGGACCUCCCACCGUAUCCCUCCUUCUCCAUGCUCUAUGAGAAGCUGGUCACUGCUGUGGAGGAGACCAGCACCUUCGGUCUGGAGUGACCUCCAAUCGGCUCCCACGCAGGUUCAGCUCGGGAGAGAGAGAACCAUCUGGAAAUCCUUCAUCCUCACUGAGAAGAGAACUAAUAUCCUCAGAUGGCAACUAACCCCCCCCUCGUCCACGCUGGCUUUUGGUCACUCAGCAGCUCUCUGGCUCCGUUCUCACCCUCCGCCUCUCUCACGUGUCUCACAGGAACUGCUUCUGGAGGAGAGUCAGUUGGACGGAGAUGGUUUGAAAAGCUGUACGUUACCAUUUCUUCUUCGUAUGGAAACCUUUGUUCAUUGAGCCACACGUGUGCUUUAUCUCUUCAUUUAAUGGCCUUGUCGACUGGAUUUCUAGCACCUCCUCUCCCUCCUGCUCCUCCUCCAACCUCCCCCUCCACUCAAAGACAGACACUAAGCUCCCCUCUCCCUCUCCGGACCUCAAAACUGUGUCCUUUCCUCACCAACGCUGCAACUUCAACACACACGGACACACUAAUCACCUUUGCACAAAACAUACACAGCAUAAGACCUUUUGUUUUAAUGAAUGUUGCGAACCAGUGUUUCCCCCCCAAGAUCUUUUUUAUCAGUAGAGAAAGAUGUGACAUUUUAGCACUGGAUGUUGGCUGGUCCUCCUCGCCUGCCUGAGAGCUGGGGAUACACUGGAGCGCACAAAGACGCACACACGCAGAUAAACAUGCAAAAACUGUAUGUAGACGGACUGAACGCCCUCGCUUGUUUUCCUCGUUUUGGUCGCUGAAUAAACUGGAUAAUGUGUCACGAAUCAUUAGUGACGCGUUACCGUCGGAGCUAUGGCACGGCCACGGAAGGUAAAGACUCACCUGGGACGGGUGUCUGCAUGUACUCACCAAGGUAUCCAGUAGCACACACACACACACGUGAAUAAGUGCGUACAGUGACGCUGCGGGUGCACUUACAGUGGGACAGGGCUCCACGUUUGCUGACCCACUUGAGUCAGACCAAAACUGGUCCACACGGUCGCCAUGGGCAACAGAUGCACUUUCUCUCACGGACGGACGACGGACGCUCGUAAGUGUGACACGAUCCUUCUCACUGAUGUGACCCCCCUCCCCUCUCCCCCGACCCACCAACCUAUGAAAGGGAUGAAUGUACCAAAUAAGAGACCAAAUCUAUGAAUCUCGAGCAAGUCCGUCGGCCCCUGAGGAGGAUUUCACGAAACAUUAAGCAGGGAGAAAGGAGACGCGGUAGCUCGAGGAAGGAGGACACAACUCUCUGAUGUUGGCAGCGGAUUAGGCCUUCUAAGCUGAAAGACAUCAGCUUGGUGUCCCCCCAGGAAACUGGUCAGGGUGCAGUGGCGGGACCUUUUUAGUGCCUACUGGAUUCUCCUGACCAUAAAGUGAAAUUUCAUAAGGAAAGCAAUGUUAUGUCCUUGUAAAGAAAAAAAGAAGACGACGACCAGAUCCAUGUGUUUCACAAAUCAAAGAUAGUUGAGGGGUUGUGGUUUGACUAUUUCCCCUCACAGGAGCCCGGAGGCUCCCUCCUCUCUGAGUGACCGGUCCACGUGUGGCGACGAUGUUGAUGGGGAACAACCAACGGCCAUUGGGGCUGUCUGAGUAUCUUAGACUUUUGGCAUUUAAGUCCAUGCCAGGCAAUAGUUUUGUCCUAUAAGCAUGUGAUUAAACGUCUCUAACCCUCAAGUGCACGACCCAAAUCCCCCACACGAGGACCCAUUUCACUCAGUCUCACACACACUUUCUUACAUACACACAAAUACUCGUUUUCUAUGGGGUGCAUGCAAGAUUACACAUACUGUACAGAGUCCCGUUGGAGCCAAACUACAGGGAGGAUGGGGGUCUGUAAUAGAGCCAGAGGGCAGACAGUUAUACCCCAGCCCCCCCCCCCCACGUCCCCCAACCCCUCGUACCCAGUCCAAUACUGCAUGCAGGAUCUUCCCGGUCAGCUCUGUGAGCCGUGGCGAGGCGGAGGCCCCUAGAUGGCGUUGUGUUUCAGCUCGAUAUUGCAUGCUGAAAUAGUGCAACACACCGUCCUUACUAGCUUUUUUUGCAUGAGGAUAUUGCUAUCCAUUCAGAAAAGGGGGGCGGAGAGGGAGCUGGUUAUGUUGCGUCUGUCUCGAGGCAUGCAGACUUACGCCUAACCUGGCACCGUCACACCUUGAGCGUCAUGCACGUGGGAACAAGGCGAAGGAAACGUAGGUGCUCUAGUCACUUAGUUUUAGCUCCCGGAAUGACGCGCGAAUGCAAUAGUUUGUUUUUACUCUGUGACGGUGGAAGGGCGAGUGUCUCGGCAGCAUGUCUCAAAGGAAGUGUUGUUACUUUCACAUGUGCGUGUCUGCCUAUCUUAGUAACAGGUGGGUGGUCAUGGUUCAUCGCUUGUGAAUCGGCGGUGGAUCAAUAGGGCUGUUUUGAUUUUGCGGAACGUGAGAGGACAUGUUCGUGUACCAUGUGUGUAGUCUCUUUGUAUAUAAAUGUAUAUGUAUGUUCGUCCCGUUGUGUGUGUAUAAAUAUAUAUUUUGCACCGAAUGUACCAAAGGUUUGGGGCUUGCAACCAUUAGGCCUGCUCUCUAUCUCUGUCUAACAAAACACAUCCCACUUCUGGCUCCUGCCAAAUCCUUUCAGACCAUCAGCUCAUCCAAUGUGUGGCAUGGGCGACCACGCUUCACGCGUUAGGAUGCACAUUCACACGCGGUCCGUUUGACAUUUUCCAUGUUGAGGCUUUUCUGCUGCGGGAGCCUGGUAAGACUGAUCACUUGCUUCACAUGCAAAUGGAGGCGGAUGCACCUUCAUUUCUCCCAGUACAUUUCUGACAGGACACGGCUCCGGUUUUCAGAAUUCCACUCUAUGCAAACCUCCUGUGUGUGUGUGUGUGUGUGUGUGUGUGUGUCUCCAUUUCACCCCGAUGAUUGUAAUAAAAGAGAACAAAUGGCAAAUUUUAA